AUGAUAAAGGGCAACCUAUUCUUUGAUACCAAUCAUACCACUGUAACUUCGACCGUUCUUAGAGAUAAUUGUUCGGUAUAUAAUCCAUGUGGACGAAAUGGUCGUUGUUACAAUAAUCUUGACGGUGAAUGGACGUGUGUUUGCAAAUUUUGGUGGAAUGGAACUUUGUGCAAUGACAUGUCAAGUAGUGGCAAACAAGUUAUUACAGUCGGUGUUAUGCUAUUUGUGUUGAUAGUGAUUUUUUAUGGCCUACAAUUAAUUUAUCAUAUUCGUACGAAGCGAAAAUAUCCAUCGAUCAAGACAGAAAAAUUAAACACUCAUAAUGUUCAUCGAAAAUUUUCAACUGUCUCUACUGUUGAACCAGAAUCUUCUCGUCAUAUUCUUUCAUUUAUUAUUGUUAUUGGUACUCUCAUAUUAGCUACAGCUACUCUCAUCAUCAAAUGGACCAUUCUACAACUUAUUCAUAAUGAUAUAAUUAAUAAAUUCAAGAAGAAUGAAUCACUUUUCUUUCAAAGACAUUCGAUUUGUAAAGUGAUGGAUGUUCGACAAGAGUUCAAUGUUAUUACUCUUCCUGCUGCAUGUUUGCUCAUUGUGAUUUUCUCUCUGACUACAAAAAGAGUCUCAUUUCAACAAGGCAAAAUAUUCAAAGGAUACAUUGGUAUACCAAUUCCACUCGAUUUUUUCGUUCAUGUUAGGCGAACAUUUUCAGCAGUGAUAUUUGCCGUCUAUGCAGAUGAUUUAUUAGAAAUUGCUACUGGAAUAUUUACACGACAAGGUUCAUCAACAAAUGAAGAUAACGAAAUUAAAUAUUCAGUGAAUAAAAAUGUUGAGGAAGGACAUAAACAAGUAUGA